UUAAAGUGUAUUAAGUUAUAGAGUUGCAGUGUUUCAGCUCAAUCCUGGCAUCCGCGACCAGGACGCAUCAAUCCAAAUCAUCUUCGCCGUGAUCACAAAUGGAUGCCGCAGAUAAACCGACGAUCGGUGGAGUAGCUGAUCAAAGUGUUGUUGCAGCAUCAACCGACAUUACGACAAACACAACAGAUCCCCGGGGUUUUCCUCUUGAAGGCGUGCAUGAAAAAAAGCCGCCACCGAAACUUUCAUUUAGCGAAAAUUCGAGUUCGCUAAUACGUUGUGUACCGAACGAAAGAGCGACAUUAUUCGUGAAAAUCGACUGUGACGAGGACUCCGAUUUGUUGCCAUUAAAAUUUGAAUGGAGCCGUGGAGAAUUACCAAUUGAGAAUUCCGAUCGCUUUCGAAUAACACAGACCAGCACCGCUGUGCAAUUGGCCGUGGAGCACGUGCAACGGGAGGACGCCGGUCAUUAUACUUUGAUAGCUAGAACGAAAGGCAACAAUGUUAUUCGCAAAGAUGUAGAGCUCAUUGUCGAGGACAGAUCGACGGGUGAGGAUCCGCCUAUAUUUCUACGACGACUGGUCGAUCUAUCGGUGAAGGUGGGAACGCGUACUCGAUUGUUAGUCGAAAUACGAAGUUCCACAGAGUUAAAGCUCACCUGGUACCGAAAUGAUCGCCGAAUAUGUGAAAACGAUCGAAUUAAAGAGAUAAAUGAGGGUAAUUUCCACUAUCUGGAAGUUAGUCCCGUUAUUUUGGAGGAUGGCGGCCAAUGGAUGGUUUUGGCUGAGAAUUCGGGUGGACGCAAUUCAUGCAUUGCUCAUUUAAAUGUAUUAGUGCCAAAAGCCUACAAAUCACCAGAGUUCAUUGAGGAGUUACGUGCCGUGCUCACACAACAAGGCACUGUUUCACUCGAGUGUAAGGUGGUUGGUGUGCCCACACCACAGUUGCGUUGGUUUAAGGAUUCCAAAGAAAUUAAGGCUGGUGAUGUAUUUGCGCUAACCGCCAAUGUUGACGAUCCCACAUCAUUGGGCACCUACACCUGCGAGGCGGUCAACUGUAUGGGCAAAUCAUAUUCCAGUUCAAAGGUGCAUGUAGUGGGACGUGGCAGUAGAGAAGGUUCACUUAAACCAGCUGACAGCAUCCCCAACAAUGCACCCCCGCCGAUAUUUACGAACGAGCUGCGCAACGCGAGUGUCCGCAUUGGUGAAUCAAUUGUACUCGGAUGCCAAGUUGUGGUACCACCAUGGCCGAAAACUGUCAUCUGGUACAAUAAAAAUGGUCGCAUUGAGCCUGGCGAACGAUACAAAUUAAUUGAAGAUGGCUUGGGCGUCUAUAUGAUCGAGGUUAAGCCCUCUGAGAGUUGCGACGAAGGCGAAUGGAAAUGUGUAGUCACUAGCUAUGAAGGUUGUGUGGGCAUAUCAACCUGUAACGUCACAAUGGACAUUCCGAAAAACUAUCGAAAACCACGCUUCAUGGAAAGUUUACGCGCCGUGCUCACCGAAGAAGGACUUGUCUCAUUCGAAUGCAAAGUGGUUGGCUUUCCUACGCCUGUACUGAAGUGGUUCAAGGAUGGUCAGGAACUAAAACCUGGCGAUGUUUAUCAAUUAACCGGUACUAACUCACUGGGCACUUACUGUUGCAUAGCUAAGAAUUGCAUGGGCGAGAACAGUAGCGUUGCGGUGCUCACUGUAGAGGAUAUACAAAAUCAACUUAACGACGAGGAGCGUCUCACGUUUGCCAAUCAGAAUCAACCGCCUAAAUUCGUUGUCGGACUGAAGAGUCAAGAAGCUAAGAUCAAUGAGUUCUUCCAGUUUUCCGUAAAUGUCAAAGCCACGCCAGAUCCAAAGCUCUCCUGGUUUCGUGAUGAGUUGCCAAUCGAGAAUAGUGAACGUUACAAUCACUACCGUGGCGAGCAAGAAAACUGGCACUUGGAUAUACGCUCGGUGGAAUUUGUUGAUCAGGCCGAGUGGAAGUGUGUGGCUGUGAAUGAUUUUGGAACGAGUGUAACUUCCAGUUAUCUAAAAUUACAGAUACCACGUCACUACAAGAAACCACGUUUUCUGGAAUGUCUGAGAGCCGUAUUGACGGAAGAGGGCGCUGUGAAUUUAGAGUGCAAAGUCAUUGGCGUACCGCAACCGGUACUGAAGUGGUAUAAGGAUGGUGUUGAAUUGAAACCAGGUGACAUACACAGAAUUAUUUCCGGACAGGAUGGCACUUGCUGCCUGGGCACCUACACUUGUGAGGCCAGAAACUGUAUGGGCAUUGUAGCGAGCUCUGCCUCGCUGCUUGGUUUCGAAGAAGCUUACAAGAAUCAAAAGCAGGAACAGGCACAGGAAAAUGAGUUGCAGCGUAAUUUCUCGCUGUCUACCAUACAAGAAGAGCGCACCUCGCAAUUGUACGAAACACCUGUUGGCGAUAUAACGAUUGAUUCGAAGGGCGAAGUAUCCUUCUCUUUUGAUGGCAAAGAGGUGUCUGUUUCUUUGUACGAGACUCCUGAUCUAACCGAAGAGGAGGCGUUGAAAAUCGUUGAAAUGUACGCAGACCAGAUUUCAGAGCAUGUAACCGAACACAAUGUGGUGGAAUUGCCCCCUCUGCGUUUUGUUAAAGAGACUUCACAAUCAGGUAAACUUUUAAUGGAGGCUGUGGUCAUUGAUAUAUCGCCGGAGUACUUUACACAUGAGGAGGACAUGCGUACCGAGGCUGGUCUGGAUGAUAUUUCCAUCACGGAGAUAACCGUGCAUGGCUCUUCAGGCCAUGAAGGUGACAUAGAUGGCAAAGCUGAAAUUUAUGCACAACGUAGCUUUGAAAAAAUGGAAGAAGAGUUGUCAUUGACGGCACCAGUACGCAAGCGAAAAAAGUCGCGACCUACAGAAACGACAGAAGAAUUCUAUAGUUUAUCAAAGGCCACCGACAGUCAAGUUGGCGAUGAAGACGACACAUCCGAUUUACAAACUUUCGCUAGUGCAACACAAAUGUCGUCGCGCGUUGAUUCUGCUGCUGGUCCCGACGACGCAACACAACCCGACGAAGGUGUGCAACCACCAAAGCGCAAGAAAGGAAAAAAACAAACCGACAGUGAUUCAUCAAAGACAACUGAAGAUGAUGCGAAAAUGCAAGAUAUAUCGGGCGCAGUUGGCGAUGGCUUGAUGUCAGUGAAGCCGGUAAAAGUAAUCUCAAGUGCAACGGAGAUUGACCAAAAUCUGAGGUCUCUCUUGCCGUUAGCAAAACUACUGAAAACCGUUGAGCAUCACCUAACCAUUGUGGAGAAUGAAGUGGUCGAGCAGUCGGCAAUGCUGAUGACUCCAGCAUCUGCUGAGCAGAGCAUCGCUAUCAUACGCAACAUUAUUGAUCCGGUAAAACAGGUGGAGAGCAAGUUGCGCGCUUACUCGGGAGAAACGCCAGUGGAUGCGCUCUUCCAAACGAUGGAGGAAGAUAUACGAAAGCUACACACCAGCCUACAGGUAAUCGAGAAGUGCGUCGAGAUAGACGAAACUGGUGCCACACUAAUCCAACGCACCAGCGUGUGCAUCAUUGACAGUGUGGGCGAUCAACUGAUAAAGGCAUUAGAGGAGGUGCAGAAUAUAGCAAAAACUUUCGAGUCGACGAGCUUGCGUACACACAUUGACCUAACGGCAGACGAUAUUAAACAAGGUCUCGAAAUCACGCAGGGUACUAUUAAGUCACAGGCUUUGCUGCAGGAAGCACAAGAGUUGGAGGCGGCUAAGCAUUUGUCGGAAACGGUCGCUAAGUUACAGGCAAUGCCUGAAUCAGAACCAGCAUCGUUUGCCAAAAUUUCGGAUGCCAAAUUACCCGAUGAAGCUGAUGCAUUGAAGCUCAUUUGCCAGCCGGUGGUUAAUAUACAAGCCGCUUUAGAGAAGGUAGAGAAUGAGUUGAGUCUCGAAGAAAACGAAGAACAGAUCUACAGAAAAGUGCACAAAAAGGUGCUUGAUAAUAUUGUAGAACCAAUUAAGGAGCUACAAUCGGUGUUGGAGAUAAUCGAACGAAAGGCAGAGGCACUCGCCGGCACUGAGUCUACAGAACAGAAAGUCAAUAUGGCCAUAUUGGAUAUUGUCACACCGGCACUAUUCGAACUGAACAAAGGUAUGGAGAUUAUAUUGAAUGAGUCCCCUGACAAUGUUCAAGCUGGCAUGCUGACUGUUAGCACUGUAGAGUCGAUGGUGCCGCCAUUGCAAGAGAUACAAAACGGGCUGGCACAGCUCAGCCAGGAUGUAGAAAGUGGACAUUUCAAUGAAGAAACCGCGCUGGACGUAGCGGACACGCAAAAGUUGCUCCAAACUAUUGCGCAGUCUGUGUUGCACUUCGAGACGAAUAUAGAAAGAAUUUCGACACGUUUAUCGCCUAAUGUGCAAGCCGGUUUGUACAGCCUCAAAGAGGAGAUGUCCGCCUUGAUUGGAAAUGUGCUAAACGAUAACAUUACCAAGUAUCACGUGACGCUGCUGGAAAACUUGAAACGCCCCGUUGAUGAGCUCAACUACUGUAUACGUCAAAUUGAAGGCAAAUCAAUAUCUGGCUCACUAACUGAUUUCAUCGAUCCCUUACACAGCCUGAGUGAUCGAGUUAACUUGGGAAAGGAGAUCAUGCAUAUGUCUGGCACAAAACAAAACGAGAAGAAUCUUGAGGUUCUAGAGAAAAUGAAUCAAUUAAUUAGGCGUGUUGAGAUCGAUAUCGAGGAACAUGAAUUCAAAAUGAUACAGCGUGAAGUUGAGCUUGAUGAGAAACUCGCCUCCGAAGAAGAAAAGUUAUUCCUUCAUAUGCGCCAAGCAAUGGAAAUGAAGAUUGCACAAGAUGAGGCGGGCCAAAAUAUUCAAGAACUAUUGCACACAGUUACAGAUAUUGAAGCUACACCCGGUUUGGACACUCAAACACAGCAGGUAUUGUCUGCUCUAGAUCAAGGCCUCACCGGCCUAGUUGCCGAUGUGGAAAAAUUGAAAGAGUCACAGAGCACGAGAGAAGAAACCGAAGCGGCUACAAAAGUGCUAACUGACAUUGCCAAACCACUACAAGCAGCCGCUGAGAUAUUACGCAUCACACUAACGCCAGCAAAGGAGCUUAAAGUAGAGUCACUACCACAAAAUGUGGGUCUGCGAGCAGUUGUGGAAGAAUUGAAUGAGGUCGUAGAGAAUAUACCGGAGCAAAAUGAGCAGCGUAUAAAAUUGAAAGCGCUGCCUAUUGUGCAAUCGGUGCUAAAAAUUGUGCCCGCGCUGCAAACAAUCACAGAUUUGCCGCAAGCAGCGACCGCAAUAACAAAGACAGCAGCUGCUGAGAAAAAGAAAGGAGAACCGGAACUGGACAGCGGUGCUGCAAAGAAACAAAAAAUGGAUACCAAUGAAAAGGUGUUGGAACCAGCACCGACACCCUUUGUGAUAGCUACUGUAGAAGCUCAACAAACUGCAGGCUUCACAGGUGAAACGAAAUCAGUGGCGAAAGACGCCACGGAAAAGGCUACAACAUCCUCUGAGGACGCGCAACAAGCUGCGAGCUCUGCAGCUGCAACGAAGCCGGUAAAAGAAGUCGCGGAAGACGUUUCAACGCUAGAAGACAUGUCCGCCAUGAAAUCCAUCACCGAAUCAUUGCCAGCAGAUAGCCAAACGUCUGCUUCAGAAGAUAAAACGGAUCAUCUCAAAGCCUUCGAAGCCAAUAAAGGCAAAGUUGACGUAUUGCUGUCACAAUUGAAAAAUAGCAUCGCAUCAGUAUUGAUGCACUGCGCCGACGUAGACGUAGCCUCACUGCAGCUGGAAACGGCGCAACAAGUUAAAGCAAGUCUUUCAAAGCUAGAAAAUGUCACUGAGUGCAUUGCUGAUGUUCAUCAGCCAGCCAUUGUUGAACCAUUGUACUCACUUUCCGACGCAAGUGAAUGCAGAACGUUCGCCGAUGCUGUGUGCCAUUUGGAGGCGUGCGUGGUGCAAGUCGAGGAGUGUUUGGCCCAUACCGAUUUGAAAGACUUAAGUGGAGAUCCAAUCUCGGAAUUGAAAACAUUAGCGUUGCCAUUACAAGACCUUAAGGAAUGUAUUAAAGUUUUUCACAAUGAAGAAUUGGAGCAGGCUGUAAACUUGACAACAACGAGCUUACCCCUAACAAGUGCGCAAGUUCUACAAGAUAUACAACCCUUUGUGCUUUCGAUCAAGGAGAGUCAUGCGCUUGAGACGCUACAAUCCUUGGCGGAGGAUGAGUCACUCGGACUUCUGAAACAGUUUAUAAAACCCAUACAAGAACUGGAAACUGCAGUGCUAACAACUGUUGACCAAGUGCACUUGUCUCAAAUUGAAAGCUUACCAAAGCAGGCGUGCAUUGCGGUACUGGAAAAGUGUGCAAAGCCGAUCAUGGACAUUAGAGAGACUUUACUUCACGUGCAAGAAGAAACACCACUAUCCACCUUGGAAGAUUGCCCAGCAUUGCAGGUGGUCAAGGAAAAAACCGAUGUCAUAUUUAAUCUCUUACAAUAUUGCGAACAAGUGGAUCUGAAUGCUUUGGAGAAUCUGGCCGAUAUGUCUACGCAGGCUGAUAUUUCUGCACUACAUUCUUGUGCCGAGUUGAAGUCUCUAGAGACACAGCUGGAGUCUGCCGCCAGAGUACAACAAGAAGACGUAAAGUACUUGGACGUAAAAGAUUGCAUAGCCGAUGGCAUCAAGCAGAUUCAAGUGUGUUUGACAACAACUGAAAAGACCAAAGUACCCGAAUUGCAAGAUGUUGGCGAAAUUAUGAAGGAGCUUAAGAGCGAUUUAGAAGAUAUGCAAAGUGAGUUGUCCAAAUCGCCAGCACAACAAAAUGCGGCUGAAGCCAAUCAAAGGGUGGCUAAAACAAUGUUCAAAUUGAAAGAGUGUUUGGUGCACACCUAUGAAGCGGGUGUUGAAAAGUCACUUGAUGAGAUUGAGAGAACUUUCGAGGACAUACUACAAGCACUGCCAAUACUGGAAAUACAGCUGGCUCAAGAGAUGUAUAUGAAAAUUGAGACAAGACUGCGUGGUGCAUUUAACGCAACAACCUCACAACCUGAUAUAGCAGACGAUCUGCAGAAAUUGGUGGAACCAUUUGAGGCCGUUUUGAACAGUACCAAAGCGAUUAGUGAGCUAGAAAGCAUAGAUGUUGAGAAGUCUUCACUGGUUGUGGCGAAUCUGCAAUCGCAUUUAAUGGCUGCAUUUAGAGCGCUAAAUGAAGUUAGUGAAUCUUUAAGUGGGCAAGGACGUGAAACUGUUUUAAAAGCGCAGGAUGCCGUACUGGCAGCAAACGAAUUCAUUGCCGAAGCUAGCGAGCAAAUUAGAAUUAUUGAGCUUCUGCAGGAGAUCGAUAGUGUGACCCCGAACGUUGCUGCUCUUUGCGAAAGUCUUGCAUUAGCCAAAGAGCAGGCAAGCAAACAAGCAUUGCUCGAAACACUAAUGCAACGAGUUACAUCGGCAAAAGCAUUUCUACAAAGCAUAGAGGAUGGAUUGAACGCCAAUAAUCCCAUCUUUUAUAGGUUAGCAGAGGAGAAUGAAUUGGAUAUAAGCAGUGUCGAAGCUGCACUCAUACGCAUUGAGAAAGAAGUUAUACCGAAGUUAGAAACGCAGAUGCCAACCGCGGAUGAUAAUGCGCUGGUCGACGUGUUGGCGGUCCAUUUGACAUCUUUGCAAGAUAGCUACGCCAAACUCAAUAAGGAGACUCCUAUAUUGGAAACACAACACUUGGAUGAACAACGAGCUCCUAUUGCGAGGGAAGAGCAACUCACUUUAGACGCAUUAGCUUCCUCGACACCAGCGGAGGCUUUGGAAAGAAAAGAACCGCAGUUGCAAUACGAAACUGCUUUGCCUGCUGAGGAGGAAGUCUCUACUUUGGAAGAUAUUUCGGCCAUCGAGUCGCUGAUUAGUUCACCGCCACUUUCCCAAGCCGAAGAAAUACCAUCAGCUUCAGUUCACCCAGGUAAGAUCGAUGUGUUGCUGUCACAACUCAAAAGUAGCAUCGUCUCAGUGUUGGCACAUGGCUCCGAAGUAGAUGUUGGCUCCUUGCAGCUGGAAACUGCACAACAGAUUAAGGCAAGUUUAGCGCAAUUGGAGAACGUUAAUAAUUGUUUUGCUGAUGUUCGUCAACCCACUGUCGUUGAGCCACCACUCCUAUCCCUCUCCGAUGUUAGUGAAUGCAAGACAUUUGCGGAUGCUGUGUGUAGUUUGGAAGCAUGCGUUUUGCAAGUCGAAGAGUGUAUUGCUGAUAGUAACCUGCAAGAUUUGAGUACGAAUGAGAUUUCUGAACUAAAAACAUUAGCACAACCACUGCACGAUGUUCGAGAAUGCAUUAAAGUUUUUCAUAACGAGGAGUUGGAACAAGUGCUCAGUUUGCCCACAAUAAGCAUGCAAUUAACCAGUGCUCAAGUCUUACAGGACAUACAACCCUUUGUGCUAUCGAUCAAGGAAAGCCACGCUUUGGAAACACUACAGUCUUUGGCAGAAGAUGAAUCACUCUCCCAACUGAAGCAAUUCAUACAACCAAUACAAGAGCUUGAAAACGCGAUUCUACUCAAUAUUGAGCAGGUACACUUGUCUCAGGCCGAGAGUAUUUCGAGGCAGGAAAGCAUAGCCAAUCUGGAAAAAUGUGCAAAACCAAUUUGGGAUAUCAGAGAAGCUUUACUACACAUUCAAGAAGAAACACCACUUUCAACAUUGGAAGAAUGCCCGGUACUGCAAGUGGUAAAGGAAAAGACCGAUGUCAUAUACCAUCUGCUGCAAUAUUGCGAACAAGUCGAUAUGAAUGCUUUGGAGAAUGUUGUCGAUAUGUCUACCCAAGCCGAUGUGUCCGCACUGAAAUCCUGUGUAGAGCUAAAGUCUGUAGAUACUCAACUCGAACCCGCUGCUACGAUAGCUGCAGAAAGCGUUAAAUUCUUCGAUGUUCGAGAAUGUGUUGCGAAAGGCAUUAGGCAAAUCCAGAUUUGUCUAGAAAACGCUACAGCAUCCGAGGUACCAGAACUUCAUGCAGUUAACGCCGUUAUGGAGGAGCUCCAGCAUGAACUACAAAACAUGCAAAACGAGCUUUCGAAACCAGUUGAACAACAAAAUGCGGUAGAGAGCCAAGCAAAAGUAGCCAAGAUUUUGUUUAAAUUAAAAGAAUGUCUCGUUCAUACCUAUGAAGUGGGUGUGGAGCAAUCCGUAGAUGAUAUUGAGAAAACCUUCGCCGACAUCCUGCAGGCUAUACCCUCUUUAGAAGUUCAAUUAUCGCAGGAGAUGGUAGCCAAACUCGAGUCGGCCAUACUGGAUUUCGCCUCAAAAUGCACGCAAUCGGAAUAUUUGGUAGAUUUCCGUAAGUUAAUAGAACCGCUCGAGCUUGUUUCAAACAGCACUAGAGCUAUCAGUGAGCUCAAGUUAGUAGAGGUGGAGAAAUCCACAUUGGCUGUGGCGAAGCUGCAGUCGCAUUUAAUGGCAGUCUUUAGAGCGCUCGAUGAAAUUAGUGAGAAGAUAAUAGUAAACGAACGAGAAAAUAUUCUGAGCCUACAAAAUGCUGUACUUUCAAUUUCGGAGUUCAUUGAUACCAGCGAAAAUACACUGAGAGUUAUUGAAUUGAUCCAGGAAGUGGAUGCUCUAAUGCCACAGCUAAGUUUUGUGGCCAACGUAGUAAACGCUGCUAAGGCAAAUGAAGGCAAACAAGCAUUUUCAGAAGCACUUAGCCUAAGUGUAGCUUCGGGCAAAGCUUUCUUAGUUAGCAUUGAGGAUGGUUUGAAGCGGAAUAAUCCGGUAUUUGUGAAGUUAGCCGAAGAAAACGCUUCAGAUAUUCAAAGCGUGCAAGCUGCGCUGAUUCGCAUGGAAAAUGAAAUAGUUCCGAAGUUGCAAAAUGAAAAUCCUUCAGCCGCAGAUGGUAUGUUAGUCGAACAGCUAAGUAUGCACUUGAAAAAUUUGGAAGACAAAUUGCUUGCCAUAAACAAUGGUGUGCCAAAACAGUUGCAUGAGUUGGCAGCUACUGAAGAUGCAGCGGCGAAGAAAGAAAACGAGUGCGUUGCCGUUUCGGAAGCUCUUGAUAGUGAUAUUGAGAAAAGCGAGGCUAUAACUGAGAAGGGCGAGAAGACUAAAAUAGAAAAGUCUGAAAAAAGCGAGGGGUUGGAACAGACCGAAACAGAAACAGAAAAAUUAGCCGCGUCUAACUUAACUGCAACAAUAGUUGAAAAGCAAGCCGCACCAAUCGAAACCGAAAUAAUAGCAGUAGCAGAUAGCGCGAGCCUGCCUGAAGCUUCGCUAGACUCGAAAGUGGGGACAGUCGAGAAAAUAUUGGAAGAAAAGAAAGAAAUGUUAGUAGAUGACGCGAAACUACAAUUAUCCGCCUCAGGAGAAAAGAGAGAAAUGUUAGUAGAUGACACGAAACCACAAUUAUCCGCCUCAGGAGAAAAGAAAGAUAAAGAAGAGAUACAGUUGGAAACGCAAGAGCCCUCUUUACCAACCGAGCCAUACUUACAAAUAGCUGAAGAAAUGAUAAACGCCACACUCGCACUCACACAGAAUGUGAGUAGCCAGCAGGUGAGUAAGGCCACAACAGAAGUCUACAAAUCGGUGGAGCUUACUUUAAGUGAGAUAAAAAAUUUGUUAAAAACACAACCGUCAACCGCAAUCGAAGACCAUAUUUUUCUGCCGCUAUUCAAGUUGAAGGAUUUAAUAGCCUUUAUCAAGCGAACGCCAAUGGAAGACGUGACGAAAGCUGCCGAGUCCCGCCAAGUUCUACAAAAUGCCAACAACGUGCUGCUUCAAAUUUUGAAUGGGCAUCAAGGUCUCAGAGGCGCUAUGGUACUCGACAUCGCCGAGGCCAUAUUGCCUUAUAUGGGUAGUAUCGUAUCUUUUAUAACGCAAGUAUUUCCGAAUGACAGCAAUUUGUGUGCCACGUCUCACGCAAUACAAUGUAUUGCCGCAGAAAUAAAUGUGAUUAAGAAGACAAAUGCGCCAAAUAUGGACGCGGGGACACGUUCUUAUCAGAAUCUAAAAUCAGCUUUAUUCGAGCUGAAGAACGCCUUUGAUGCGAUUUGUAACGAACAGCAAACAGAAACUUUGUUGCGCCAAAAAGAGAGCUUAGAUCGACUUUGUACAGCUGUGGAUGAGGCUCAGGUGACAGAUGCUAUAGAGAUUCUACAGGAGUUUGAGGUUAUGAAAGAUUUCUUUGUACAAUUGUUGGAAGCGCUGAAAACUAUGUCGCAACAACCAGUCACUAAUCGGCAAGACGACAGCAAAGAUGUGGAACCACUAAAAGUUGCUGACGAUGGGCUGAAAGAGGAAAUUAAAAAUGUGUUGGCCGUUAUUGCUGGCGAUGAGAGCUUAAAGGAUAUAGAGAGUGAGGCUAAAGAGUCCCUACAAAAUCCCACUGACGACGAGCGCUUUGCAAAACUCGUUUUUAAGCUGAGGGAACACAUUGUGCACACUUAUGACGGUGGUGUACUUUCUGCGAACGAAACCAAUAAAAAAUUGGAAGACCUGAUCGAUAACUUAUUUGGCAGUAAUCCUGAAGCUGCUAGACGAUUGACGGAGGAAUACUAUUCAAAUAUAAAAGGUAACAUAAAGGAAAUUUCAGAGAAGAUUAAGGCAAUAGAGGAUGUGAAGUUACGAAAGAAAGUGACCACAAUUAAUCCCAGACUAAAAUCACUAGCUACAACUGCUAAAGCCGUUAAAGAGAUCAAGUCGGCGAAUAAUUUUGCGGAGAAACUGGAGGAUCUUAAAAAAGAGCUGUUGGAAAUAAUUACAUUUUGCGAUGAAUUAAAUCAAACACAAAGCGCGGAUUUGCGUGAUAGUAUAGAAAAAGUCAAAAGGAUCGCACUAAAGGAAUUUGAUUACAUAAAUAACAGCGAAGGAGCCGCACAAACGCCGAAAAUUUUGUUGGACACAUAUUUCUUAACCAGUGGCCUACUCGACUUGUGUAAGCGACUGCAAAGAGCAGAAUUUCUAAUAACACCAGAAAAGGAAGCUGAAAGCGCAACUGCGGAAAGCAAGGAUACCCAGUUAAAAGGAGAGACGGAACAAACAAUUGCAAUUGUUGAAGAAAGCGAGCAAAUUGGUGAAGCCCAAGGUGAGCCAGUUUUACCUGAGGUACCGGCUGAAAUGCUGUCCACAGACUCCGUAAAAACCACCGAAUUUGCUGUGCCUACUGAAGAAAGAGCUACUGAGGAAGCGGAAGUGCCUCAGCCAGUCAUAGCUUCUGAAGCGCCGAUAUCCAAGCCCGAUAUCGAUGAAAAAGCAACUGAACAAAAAUCAGUAACAGAAAAAACAACUCCAAUUCCUAAAGAACCUGUUAACCCAAAUUUGUUGCAGCAUUACAAGAACGUCGCUAAAAUGGCCGGUGAAAUUCGACACCAGAUUCAAGAAACCGAAAAUUUGAUUAUACGCGAAAAACUAUCACAAAUCGUUGCAAUGCUGGACACAAUCGAAACGGUCUCUGAAACUUUAAAAUUGGCAAAUGAUGUUGACAAGUCUUCAGAGAAAAUGGUUACACUCCAAAAGGUACUUAUGAAUCUCUUCGUUAUCUUCGAUGAUCUGCAACAACACACAGCUGAAGAGCUGCAAAGUAAAAUUGGAGAAGUGAGAAAUUUGGCUUUGCAUGGCUAUGAAGCAAUCGAAAAUAGCUCGGAAGCCGUGGAUUCAGAGAAUAUUUUACUGGAUACGUUAGGUUUAUUAAAACUCAUAUUUGAUGUCUGCAGCGAAUUGCAAAAGGUAGAGCAAACUGGCCAAGGUGUUGCAGAAGUUCAGGAAUUUAUUGAAGAGAAGUCAGUAGAAGGGAAAGUCGAAGAAGUAGCCUUAGAAAAGGAAGUGAAGGAGGUGGAAGUAAAGGAAACCAAUGAAAUAGUUCAUGAUCAAGAAUCCAUACCUCAAAACGAAAAGUCGACUGUAAAAGAUGAUAAAACCAAAGCUGAAGAACAAGUAGCUUCAGAGAAGCCCGAGGUACAAGCGCAAGCUAUAAUCGAAGCAAAGCAACAAGAAGAGAAAGAAAAAGACAAACUCUUAGAGCAGAAAACGGAAGAACAAGUGGUUGAAGAACCUAAGAAACCAGAUACAAAAGAGGAUAAACCGAAGGUUGAAGAACAAGCAGUUCUAGCAGAGCAAAGCAUUGACGAGGAAAAUGCAGCAAAGUCUCAAACUCAACUUAAAUCACAAGUAUCUCCAGAAAUGGAAGAAAAUGUUGCAGAAAACGAGCCGUCGGCCGAGACGCUAAAACAGGAAGACAUGUUACAAGAGACACAAGUGAAGGUUGAAGAAAAACCAUUGCAAGAAGCGGUUGAUGUCUCUCUAGCUCAAGAUAUUCGUGAAAAGGAAGCCAGUUCCUCUACCGAUGCCCAAAUACUUGAACAGCCGAAGAAAGAAGUCGAGAAGCAACAGGAUGUUCUUGAUGGACAGACGCCUCAAAAACAAGAGCUCACAGAAGUUCAACCAGUAAUUGAAGAGCAGAAGGCCGAAAGUAAGAAACAAAAAGAACCUGAGACAAUUUUGCAAGCUGACGAACAAUCCGUUGCAGAAACGAAGAUUGGGGAGCUGGAAACUUCAAAAUCUGAAACGCAAACCGGAAAAGAAAAGCUAGAAGAGGUACAAGGAAUAGAGGAAGUUGAUGAAAAAAUAGUUCAAGCCGAAAAAGUUGAAGAACAAGUUACACCAAAAUCGGAGACUAAGACCACAACGGAAAUUGGGAAAUCCGAAUCCGAGGCACAGAUAUCCGAAAUAGAAGAUGCGAAGGAAAAAGCAGAAGAACAGGUCAGUGCAGUGUCCAUUACUGAAAUUGAACAAGUUAAAAAUGAAAAAUUCGAGGUAAAGAUUGACGUACAGCAGCAGGAUUCAGUGGAAAAAAAAGAAAAAGACAUGGACUCUUCAGUUGAAAUCUCCACUUCAGAAGUAAAUAAAGUAAGCGGAGAAGAACCAAUCCAUCAAGAAGCAGCAGAAGUAGAAAACCUUGAAGCAGAGAAAGAACAAAGUAGCAGCGCAAUUCAAGAUACAGAGAAAACCCACGAUGUGCCAGAAGGAGACGAGAAGGUUCAAGAACAAAAACAACAAGAAGAGAUUAAGGAAAACGUUAUUUUAGAAGAUCUGCCUACAGAAAUCGAAAAGCCUAAAUCCCAGCUAAAACAAGAACAAGAAGAAAUUGAAAAGCCCGAGGAAUUGAAAUCUCAUGUUGAAGAAAUAAGUGAGGAGCCAACUAUUACAGAGCCACCUUCUCUGGAUAAUUUAGAAAAGAAAUCAGAAUUGAAAAAAGAACAAUGUGAACCAGAGAAACAAAAAGCUGAAGUAGCGAAUGAGAAAUUGACGGAAGAGACUCCAAGCGUAACUGCGACUCUUGCUGAUGAGCAUCCAGUGACAGAAGAGACUUCUGCUGAUAAAAAAGAUAUUGAAAAGUUGAAACCAUCAGAGGAAUUGAGCAUCAAAUUACAAGAAUAUUUCUCAAAUAUUGUGGACUCUGUUAACAAGACUUCAAAAAAGAUUGCCGAUAUAGAAGCUCAAGAAACUAACGAGAAAUUAGUUUCGAUUCCUCCUAUAUUAGAAAGCAUUGUGAAGAUUUCGCAAAAUCUAAAAACUGUCCAAAGCAUUGAAAAGUCCGCAGAAAGAAUAGUAACCCUACAGAAAUCAUUGAUGGAUACCUUCGUUGCAUUUGACGAUCUUCACGAAAUAGCGGCAAACGAAGUAAAGCCGCAGUUAGAACAAGUCAAAGAAGUCGCUUUGCAGCUUUACGACAAGAUUGAAAAAUCAGAAAAGUAUAUGGAAACAGAAACGGUGUUAUUGGAUUUAGUCAAACUGGCUGGCAGUAUUCUGGAAGUGUGCAACAUAUUCGAGAAAAAAGUGCAUGCAAAGUUAGUCGAAGAAAAACCGAUUGAGGACCAACCUAAAGAGGAAGUUACGGAGGAGAAACCUGAUGAGAAGAAGGAACCAAAAGAGAAAGAGUCUGAGGAAAAGAAACCUGAAGAGCAAGAUAUCUUGGAGGUGAAAAAGCCGGAAGCCGAGCAGGCAAUCGAAACUCAGCACAAGCAAAAGAAACCAGAAGAGGCUACAAUAGAGCAAUCUGUAGAAGACGGCAAACUCGAAGAAAAGUUAGCAGAAGAAAAACAGAUUGAGGCCAAACCUAAAGAGGAAGUUACCGAGGAGAAACCUGAUGAGAAGAAGGAACCAAAAGAGAAAGUUACUGAAAAGAAGUCUGAGGAAAAGAAACCUGAUGAGCAAGAUAUCUUGGAGGUGAAAAAGCCAGAAGCAGAGCAGGCAAUCGAAACUCAGCACAAACCAAAGAAACCAGAAGAGGCUAUAAUAGAGAGAUCUAUAGAAGAUAAAAAACCUGAAGAAAAGUUAGCAGAAGAAAAGCCGAUUGAGGACAAACCUAAGGAAAAAGUUACCGAGGAGGAACCUGUUGAGAAGAAGAAAUCAAUAGAGAAAGUUACUGAAAAGAAGUAUGAGGAAAAGAAACCUGAUGAGCACGAAAAGGUAGUCGAAGAAAUACCGGUCGAGGACAAACCUAAAGAGAAAGUUACCGAGAAGAAACCUGAUGAAAAGAAGGAACCAAAAGAGAAAGUCACUGGAAAGAAGUCUGAGGAAAAGAAACCUGAUGAGCAAGAAAAAUUAGUCAAAGAAAAACCGAUUGAGGACAAACCUAAAGAGGAAGUUACUGAGGAGAAACCUGAUGAGGAGAAGGAACCAAAAGAGAAAGUUACUGAAAAGAAGUCUGAGGAAAAGAAACCUGCUGAGCAAGAAAAAUUAGUCGAAGAAACGCCGGUUGAGGACAAGCCUAAAGAGGAAGUUACUGAACAGAAACCUGAUGGGAAGAAGGAACCAAUAGAGAAAGUUACUGAAAAGAAGUCUGAGGAAAAGAAACCUGAAGAGCAAGAUAUCUUGGAGGUGAAAAAGUCGGAAGCAGAGCAGGCAAUCGAAACUCAGCACAAACCAAAGAAACCAGAAGAGGCUAUAAUAGAGAAAUCUGUAGAAGACGGAAAACCUGAAGAAAAGUUGGUCGAAGAAAAACCGGUUGAGGACAAACCUAAAGAGAAAGUUACCGAGAAGAAACCUGAUGAGAAGAAGGAACCAAAAGAGAAAGUCACUGGAAAGAAGUCUGAGGAAAAGAAACCUGCUGAGCAAGAAAAAUUAGUCGAAGAAACGCCGGUUGAGGACAAGCCUAAAGAGGAAGUUACUGAACAGAAACCUGAUGGGAAGAAGGAACCAAUAGAGAAAGUUACUGAAAAGAAGUCUGAGGAAAAGAAACCUGAAGAGCAAGAUAUCUUGGAGGUGAAAAAGUCGGAAGCAGAGCAGGCAAUCGAAACUCAGCACAAACCAAAGAAACCAGAAGAGGCUAUAAUAGAGCAAUCUGUAGAAGACGGAAAACCUGAAGAAAAGUUGGUCGAAGAAAAACCGGUUGAGGACAAACCUAAAGAGAAAGUUACCGAGAAGAAACCUGAUGAGAAGAAGGAACCAAAAGAGAAAGUCACUGGAAAGAAGUCUGAGGAAAAGAAACCUGAUGAGCAAGAAAAAUUAGUCGAAGAAACGCCGGUUGAGGACAAGCCUAAAGAGGAAGUUACUGAACAGAAACCUGAUGGGAAGAAGGAACCAAUAGAGAAAGUUACUGAAAAGAAGUCUGAGGAAAAGAAACCUGAAGAGCAAGAUAUCUUGGAGGUGAAAAAGUCGGAAGCAGAGCAGGCAAUCGAAACUCAGCACAAACCAAAGAAACCAGAAGAGGCUAUAAUAGAGAAAUCUGUAGAAGACGGAAAACCUGAAGAAAAGUUAGUCGAAGAAAAACCGAUUGGGGACCAACCUGAAGAGAAAGUUACCGAGAAGAAACCUGAUGAGAAGAAGGAACCAAAAGAGAAAGUUACUGAAAAGAAGUCUGAGGAAAAGAAACCUGAAGAGCAAGAUAUCUUGGAGGUGAAAAAGCCAGAAGCAGAGAAGCCAAUCGAAACUCAGCAGAAGCAAAAGAAACCAGAAGAGGCUAUAAUAGAGAGAUCUAUAGAAGAUAAAAAACCCGAAGAAAAGUUAGCAGAAGAAAAGCCGAUUGAGGACAAACCUAAGGAAAAAGUUACCGAGGAGAAACCUGUUGAUAAGAAGAAAUCAAUAGAGAAAGUUACUGAAAAGAAGUAUGAGGAAAAGAAACCUGAUGAGCACGAAAAGGUAGUCGAAGAAACACCGGUCGAGGACAAACCUAAAGAGAAAGUUACCGAGAAGAAACCUGAUGAAAAGAAGGAACCAAAAGAGAAAGUCACUGGAAAGAAGUCUGAGGAAAAGAAACCUGAUGAGCACGAAAAGGUAGUCGAAGAAACACCGGUCGAGGACAAACCUAAAGAGAAAGUUACUGAGCAGAAACCUGAUGAGAAGAAGGAACCAAAAGAGAAAGUCACUGGAAAGAAGUCUGAGGAAAAGAAACCUGAAGAGCAAGAUAUCUUGGAGGUGAAAAAGCCGGAAGCAGAGCAGGCAAUCGAAACUCAGCACAAACCAAAGAAACCAGAAGAGGCUAUAAUAGAGCAAUCUGUAGAAGACGGCAAACUGGAAGAAAAGUUAGCAGAAGAAAAACCAAUUGAGGAAAAACCUAAAAAGAAAGCACAGAAGAUUGAAGAAAAAAUAACAGUCGAGGAAAGCAAAGCGGAUGAAAAAUUAAGUAAGACGAUAAAUCCAAAACUGGAAGAACAGUAUCAAAAGAUUAUUAACAACAUAAAUAGUCUGCAGAAGGAAAUAGAGGUAGCUGAACAUUCUUUAUUGAGCAGAAAAUUAAGUGGUCUUCAACUACAGAUGGAUAACCUUAUUUCGGUUGCUGAAACAAUUAAGAACGUGGAUAAAGUAGAAAAAGCCUCAAAAGAAAUCGUAAACCUUCAAAAAGUGCUUAUGGACUUCUUCGUCACAUUUGAUGAUCUGCAUGAUUUAAAAGUAGAUGUUUUGAAAUCUAAAAUCGAAGAAAUAAAGACAAACGCUUUAGCUGAAUAUGAUUUGAUCGAAAGUAGUCCGAGCCAUGUAAAUUCUGAGGAAAUUUUGGAAAGAACUUCAGAUUUGGUUUCGAAAGUCGUAGACACCUGUGUAGGACUUCGAAAAGAAACCGAGAAGGUAACUGUGACGACUUCUAUCGAAGACAAAACCGACAAAGCUAUAGAUGAGAAACCUUCAGAUAAGGCGAUAGCUGAACAAGCAACAGAAGAGAAGCUGAUUUCGGAAGAGGAUAAAGAAAAACAGACACCCAAAACUGAGUCCGAAAAACCAGUUGAUAAAAACUUGGAGCUGUGUUAUAACGAAAUAGUUGAGUAUGUUGGAAACACGUCCACCAAAUUAAAUAGUAUGGACGACCAUGAAUUCCGAGUGAAGUUGAUGCCAUUAAACUCUACCCUUAAAAGCGUUGUGUCAUGUGCAGAAUCUAUAAAGGGUGCGAACAGUGUUGAGAAGUCAAAAGAAAAAAUUGUUACAUUGCAAAAGAAUCUCAUGGACAUUUUCGUUCUCUAUGACGAUUUGCUAUCCGUAAAUGUUGGAGGAUUUAAAAAAGAUUUAGAAGAAGUUAAGCAUUUAGCACUGAAUCUAUAUGAUUCCAUUGAUAAGAGUGUACGAUCAGUAAAUUCACGAGAGGUUUUGGAACAACUGGUGAAACUGUGUGAAAAACUACAUAACGUUUCUGAAAGUAUGUGUCGGUAUGUAAAAACUUCAAAAGAAGAAGAAAUUCUGAGGAAGACCAAAGAGAUUGUUGAAGUGGUAGAAAAAGCUGACGAAGAAAAAGACACGAAAGAUAUGAAAGAGAAGAAAGUCAAAGAAGAAACGAAAGUGGAUGAAAAGCCCUUAGAAGUUACAGCUGAUCAAAAAAUGAGCGAAGAAAAGGUCGCUGAAUCCGUUAAGGAAACUAAACCUGAAGAACUUAAGACUGAAGAAAAUAAACCAAAGUCUGUUGAAAAACUUGAUGAGAAACUUCCUAAGAAGGCUGCGGAAGAAGUUGAGAAGGUUGAAGAGAGACCGAAAAAGGACAAGAGAAAGAAGAGCACUGAAGAAGAGAAGAAAGUAGACAAAGAAAAACCUGAGGAACUUAAGGCUGCAGAAAAGAAGCCAGAGUCUGUUGAAAAACUUGAAGAGAAACCUGCUAAAAAGCCUGCUGAAGAAGUUGAGAAGGUUGAAGAGAAACCGAAAAAGGACAAGAGAAAGAAGAGCACUGAAGAGGAGAAGAAAGCAGACAAGGAAAAAGCUGAGGAACUUAAGGCUGAAGAUAAGAAAUCUGAGUCUGUUGAAAAACUUGAUGAGAAACUUCCUAAGAAGCCUGCUGAAGAAGUUGAGAAGGUUGAAGAGAAACUGAAAAAGGAAAAGAGAAAGAAGAGCAGUGAAGAGGAGAAGAAAGCAGACAAGGAAAAACCUGAGGAACUUAAGGCUGAAGAAAAGAAACCAGAGUCUGUUGAAAAACUUGAAGAGAAACCUGCUAAAAAGCCUGCUGAAGAAACUGAAAAGGUUGAAGAGAAACUGAAAAAGGAAAAGAGAAAGAAGAGCACUGAAGAGGAGAAGAAAGCAGACAAGGAAAAAGCUGAGGAAGUUAAGGCUGAAGAUAAGAAAUCUGAGCCUGAUGAAAAACUUGAUGAGAAACUUCCUAAGAAGCCUGCUGAAGAAGUUGAGAAGGUUGAAGAGAAACCGAAAAAGGACAAAAGAAAGAAGAGUGCUGAAGAGGGGAAGAAAGCAGACAAGGAAAAAGCUGAGGAAGUUAAGGCUGAAGAUAAGAAAUCUGAGCCUGAUGAAAAACUUGAUGAGAAACUUCCUAAGAAGCCUGCUGAAGAAGUUGAGAAGGUUGAAGAGAAACCGAAAAAGGACAAAAGAAAGAAGAGUGCUGAAGAUGAGAAGAAAGCAGACAAGGACAAACCUGAGGAACUUAAGGCUGAAGAAAAGAAGCCAGAGUCUGUUGAAAAACUUGAAGAAAAACCUGCUAAAAAGCCUGUUGAAGAAACUGAAAAGGUUGAAGAGAAACCGAAAAAAGACAAAAGAAAGAAGAGUGCUGAAGAAGAGAAGAAAGUAGACAAAGAAAAACCUGAGGAACUUAAGGCUGAAGAAAAGAAACCAGAGUCUGUUGAAAAACUUGGAGAGAAACCUGCUAAAAAGCCUGCUGAAGAAACUGAAAAGGUUGAAGAGAAACUGAAAAAGGAAAAGAGAAAGAAGAGUGCUGAAGAAGAGAAGAAAGUAGACAAGGAAAAACCUGAGGAACUUAAGGCUGAAGAAAAGAAACCAGAGUCUGUUGAAAAACUUGGAGAGAAACCUGCUAAAAAGCCUGCUGAAGAAACUGAAAAGGUUGAAGAGAAACUGAAAAAGGAAAAGAGAAAGAAGAGUGCUGAAGAAGAGAAGAAAGUAGACAAAGAAAAAGCUGAGGAACUUAAGGCUGAAGAAAAGAAAUCUGAGUCUGUUGAAAAACUUGGAGAGAAACCUGCUAAAAAGCCUGCUGAAGAAACUGAAAAGGUUGAAGAGAAAUCGAAAAAGGAUAAAAGAAAGAAGAGUGCUGAAGAGGAGAAGAAAGCAGACAAGGAAAAAGCUGAGGAAGUUAAGGCUGAAGAUAAGAAAUCUGAGCCUGAUGAAAAACUUGAUGAGAAACUUCGUAAGAAGCCUGCUGAAGAAGUUGAGAAGGUUGAAGAGAAACCGAAAAAGGACAAAAGAAAGAAGAGUGCUGAAGAUGAGAAGAAAGCAGACAAGGACAAACCUGAGGAACUUAAGGCUGAAGAAAAGAAGCCAGAGUCUGUUGAAAAACUUGAAGAGAAACCUGCUAAAAAGCCUGUUGAAGAAACUGAAAAGGUUGAAGAGAAACCGAAAAAAGACAAAAGAAAGAAGAGUGCUGAAGAGGAGAAGAAAGCAGCCAAGGAAAAACCUGAGGAACUUAAGGCUGAAGAUAAGAAAUCUGAGUCUGUUGAAAAACUUGAUGAGAAACUUCCUAAGAAGCCCGCUGAAGAAGUUGAGAAGGUUGAAGAGAAACCGAAAAAGGACAAGAGAAAGAAGAGCGCUGAAGAGGAGAAGAAAGCAGACAAGGAAAAACCUGAGGAACUUAAGGCAGAAGAAAAGAAGCCAGAGUCUGUUGAAAUACUUGAAGAAAAACCUGCUAAAAAAUCUGUUGAAGAAACUGAAAAGAUUGAAGAGAAACCGAAAAAGGAAAAGAGGAAGAAGAGUGCUGAAGAAGAUAAAAAAAUAGAUGAAGGUAAUGCUGAAGAAAUUAAGGCUGCAGAAAAGAGAUCAGAACCUACUAAAAAAAUUGAGGAGAGAAGUGCUGUAGAGGAGACGACAGCAGUUGAGAAGAAAUCUGAAGAACUCAAGCCAGUUGAUAAGCUGGAGGAAAAACCGAAAAAGGACAAGAGGAGGAAGAGUGCAGCUGAAGAAAAGGCUGGGGAAGACAAACGAGUAGAGCUAACUAUUAAGGUGGCUGAAGAAAACGAAAUCAAACCGUUAAAAUCUACCGUCGGUCAAGAGAAGCUGGAUGGCGAAAGCACACGGCGAGAGGAUGCGAAAUCGGAGAAAUCAAAGCCUUCAAUGGCUGCCGAUAACCAACCCACAGAUAAGCCAAGCAAUUUGGAAUACAGAGACAAACGGGAGCCUCGAAGCGCUAGGCGUGCGCCCAAUAUUGAGUUAAAAUUAACCAACAGAAACUCUGCUACCGGUAGCGAUGUAAAACUUACAUGCAGUAUAUCUGGCGCGGAACUGAAAGUGGACUGGUAUCUAGACAAAACACGCAUUGAGAAUAACAACAAAUAUCGAACGACCUUCAGCGAUGGGCUUUCUUGCUUGGAAAUUCAAGCAAUCGAUGCGGCCGAUGCGGGUGUUUACCGAUGCGUGGCAGCCAAUCGAAAUGGAGAAGUGGAGACGAGUUGCCUUGUGACUGUUUACGAUAUACCAACAACUAAAUUUGGCACAACGCCAAUAUUCACGCGCAACAUCAGAGCCGCUAUCAUUUCCUUUAUUCAAAUUGAACGGAAAAUCACUGGAUGCUACAGAAAUAAAACGGUUCUUAAACAUUCACAUGAUGAAGUAUAA